AUGUCGGAGUCGGCACCACCAACAGGGUCUUCCUCUGAGAACGCCGCGACCAAGCAGACGGUUUUGGGUAAACUCAAUAAUCGCAUUCGCCGACAGGAAAAGAAGCACUGGGAAAUCAUCAGAUUCGAGAAGAUGCUUUCCAAGGGAAUGGCCCUCAGAGAGGCUGAGAAGGAAAAACUACACUUGAAAUCAUCCAUCCCUACCGGAAUAGAUGAGCUCAAGACAUUCCGGACCAUUCUCGAAAACAACAUCGAACAGGAAGCCGCUCAGAAAAAAAAUCACCGCCGCCGCAAUCCCGGCAAGACUACCUCGCCGCUUGUCAGUUCCUCACUUUCUCUCGACAAAGCAAGCGAACUAGCCGAGGAAAAAAUCCCGAACAAAACUGCCUUGCCGCGUGUCAGUUCCUCACUUUCUCUCGACAAAGCAGGCGAAGUAGUGGAGGAAAAUAUGCCGAGCGAGACUGACUCCCUGAGUGUGGAGGAAGUGUUAACCGCAAAAGUGAUGUUUCUCUGUGAUGGUUUUGUUGAUGACUAUGCUGAACAUAAAACAAAAAUUGAGGAACUAAUUGCAUCUCGUACAAGAGUCCACAUCGUUAUAAGGAUGAGCAAUUAUGUUCCCUGA